GCGAGCGAGCUUGCUCCUAUAAAUUCAUAAACCCUAAUAUCAUUUUCGUCUUGCUUCCCUAGCAGUCACUCGACAGCACAAAGCCAUGGGUAUCGAUCUUAUCGCAGGAGGUAAGAGCAAGAAAACCAAAAGGACAGCUCCAAAGUCCGACGAUGUCUACCUCAAGCUUCUCGUCAAGCUCUACCGGUUUUUGGUAAGGAGAUCUGGAAGCAAGUUCAAUGCUGUGAUACUGAAGAGGCUUUUCAUGAGCAAAGUCAACAAGGCUCCUCUUUCUCUCUCUCGGCUCGUCACUUUCAUGAAGGGCAAGGAGGGUAAGAUUGCUGUGUUGGUUGGAACUAUAACCGAUGAUUUGAGAAUUCACGAGAUUCCUGCCAUGAAGGUUACUGCCUUGAGGUUUACAGAGAGGGCUAGGGCUAGGAUUGAGAAAGCUGGUGGAGAAUGCUUAACCUUUGACCAGCUUGCCCUUAAAGCUCCAUUGGGCCAGAACACGGUUCUACUUAGAGGACCUAAGAACUCGCGUGAGGCAGUGAAGCACUUUGGUCUUGCUCCUGGUGUGCCACACAGUAACACUAAGCCCUAUGUUAGGUCUAAGGGAAGGAAGUUUGAGAAAGCUAGAGGAAGGCGAAAGAGUCGUGGAUUCAAGGUCUAAGAAAUAUCUGCUGUUUCCGAAGUUGUGUUGUUUCGUUAUGAUUGGCUUCAGAAUCGAAGUUUUGCUAGAGAACACUAUGCUUCCUCUUUGCCUGUUUCAGACAUUGUUUCAAGUUUCCUGUUUUUCUGUUUUAAUCGACUUUUAAAUGUUUUGCCUAAUACAUUUUUAAUUUACUAGUACCACAAAAGCCU